AUGACAACCCUGACCGAGCUGCUGUCUGAAGAGGACAACGCGUCCCUGUCUGCAACAGUACCCAUGCUAGCAAACUUGAAGAAACGUCACCUGGCCAUCGCGGAUGAUAACAGCCCCAUUACCAAAAAAAUUAAAAGCAAGCUGUUUGCAGAGGAAUAUGGAAACGUUUUCAGCCUUCGGCUGUUCGGUGGAAGGAUUGUGGUGAUUAAUGGCUACAAGCUUGUAAGAGAGGCCCUGGUCCACAAAGGAGAGGACUACAUAGAUCGCCCCAUCAUACCAUUGGCGGAAGAAUUAAUUGGGAACAGAGGUCUGGUGGCAUCAAAUGGCAAUCCAUGGAAGCAGCAGAGGAGAUUUGCUCUUCAUACACUCAGAAACUUUGGUGUGGGCAAGAAGAGCCUGGAGCCAUCCAUCCAGCAGGAGUGCCAAUAUCUCACUGAAGCUUUUGCCCUUCAGCAAGGCAAGCCUUUUGAUGCCCAAUCACUGAUUACCAGUGCUGUGUCCAACAUCAUCUGCUGCCUGGUGUUUGGUGAUCGCUUUGAAUACACUGACAGGCAGUACCAGGGUAUUCUUCAGAAGUUCAAUGAAAUAGUGUACUUACAGGGAAGUUUGUGGACACAGGUUUUUAACACAUAUCCCUGGCUGAUGAAGUGGGUGCCCGGACCUCACCAGAGGCUAUUCACUCUGACACACAACUUAAUGGACUUUAUAGAGAUCAGGAUUAAAGAACACAGAGAAAGCCUUGACCCAUCCUCACCGAGAGACUACAUCGACUGCUUCCUCGCAGAGAUGGGAGAGAAGGAGGACACAGAUUCUGGUUUUGAUUUUAGAAAUCUGGCUGUUUGCACUCUGGACCUGUUUGGUGCUGGAACUGAAACUACUACCACAACUUUACACUGGGGACUGCUAUUCAUGAUGUACUACCCUGACAUACAAGAGAGAGUCCAGGCUGAGAUAGAAUCUGUCGUUGGUUCAUCCAGACUGCCCUCUGUGACUGACAGAGAAAACAUGCCCUAUACUGAUGCAGUCAUCCAUGAAAUCCAGAGAAUGGGCAACAUCAUCCCCCUCAAUGUGGUCCACAUGACAAACAAGGACACCAUGCUUGACAAGUACACAAUCCCAAAGGGCACCACUAUCAUGCCCACGCUGAACUCAGUUCUACAUGAUGAGUCGAUGUGGGAAACUCCACACACCUUCAACCCUCAACAUUUUCUGGACCAGGACGGCAAAUUUAGGAAGAGAGAGGCCUUCCUUCCUUUUUCAGCAGGUAAGCGUGUGUGUCUUGGGGAGCAGCUGGCCAGGAUGGAGUUAUUCCUCUUCUUUACCUCCCUCCUUCAGAGGUUUUCUUUCUCGGCAUGCGCUGGAGAGCAGCCCAGUCUGGAGUUCAAGUUGGGAGCCACUCGCUGUCCUAAACCUUACCGCGUCUGUGCCGUACGACGAUAAACCACCAACUGAACCGCAGCGUUCCACUACAUUUGUCUUGUGAAGCAUCAAGAAUAUCUGCUAUUUUGUUCUUUUACUAUAUUGUUACUAAAACAUCAUUUCAACAACUGAAAAUAUUUUUUAUCUUCUCAAUCAAUAGAUCUUUUCAAUAAACCUUUUUAUUGUAUUAAUCUAUUCAAUAUGCAAUAAAUAUGCUUUCCAGUUUUGUUUUUAAAUAACUGGAAACAAUAUUCCCACA